CCUCGACCGUAGAGGAAGUAGUAGGCCUCGGAAUAUCCGAACGCGCCCCAGCAACGAUCCGCACUGGCGAGGUUCGUUCUCAGUCCCAGCUGAACCACCGUCACGGAAUAACCGUUUGCGCAGUGUUCUAAAGUUAACUCGCGUGAAGAAAGUAAACCACACAGUAGAGAAGAAAAGACAGAAAGAGAGAGAGCGUGCGAACAAGUGAAAAGGGAUCGAGUGUUGGAUCCAUAGUGAAGUUGCUAAAGUUAAAAGUGUAAAAGGGAGAAUUACAACAUAAAUUCCAAAAGAAACGAGUAAAAACAUCCCUCCAGCACCCUAGCGCUUGAAGUGCACAGUAAUGGCGAAGAAAGGGAAGGCUAAAAAUGGGGCAGCCCCCGGUGAAGGAGAACAAGUGGCUGCGCCGGCGGCUCCAGCAGCUGUCAAUGCACCGGCGGCAGCAGCAGUAGCAGCCGUUCCGGCACGACCAGUCGAGAAGCAGGCCGCUCCCGUGCAGCAGCCAGCAGCCAAAGAGGUGAAGCUCGAGGUGAAGCCCGCCCAGCAGGCAAAUGGUGCCGCUGUACAGAACGGUGCCGAAGCCGGUGCCGAGCAAGGCGAAAUGAGACGCAAGCGAAGCCGGCGUGGAGCUCGCAACGAUAAGAAGAAAUCGGACAAGGACGAUCAGUCGAAGGCGCCCUCGAACCUGACGGCGCGCAAGAAUCUGCGCAAAAAGCGCAGCAAGCUGAUGCGCAUGCUGGAGCAGGCCGAGACGGGCCCAGCGGCCCCGCCCGCUGCAGAUGGGGCACCGGUGCAGACGCCGGAAGAAAUUCGCAAGAAGAUCGAGAUCGUCGAAAACUUGCUGCAGCUGCUGCAGGCCCAAACGCAGGAAGAGCGCAAAAAGAUAGAAAACCUCAAGAAGGCACAGUCGGCGGAACAGCAGGAGGCGGCCGCGAAGAAGGCGGAACAGCCGCCGCAGAAGACGGCGGUGGCGCCCGGUUCGCCCAAGAGCCUGACCACGGAAAAGGCGCGCAAGGAGGCGGAGGCGAAGAAGCUGGCCGGCGAGAAGGCGGAAAUCCAGAACGAGGCGAAGCGGCUGGUGCAGGAAAAGGCACGCAAGGAGCAGGAGAUGAAGAAGCUGAUCGCGGAGAAGGCGAAAAAGGACGCGGAGGCGAAGCAGCUGCUGGAGGAGAAGGCGGCCCGCGAAGCGGAACUGGCCAAGCUGACGCAGGCGCAGGCACGCAUCGACACGGUGGAGCAGAAGAUUAACCAGCUCGACCAGAAGGUGCAGCAGCGAAAGGAGGCGGAGGAGCCGAAGGUGGCGGCCGCGCCAGUGCCGGCGGCUCCUGGUAGUCCAAAACAGAAGAAGGAUCAAGCGCGCACGCGCAAGGAUUCGGAAUCGAGCAAGAAGAAGGAGGCAGAAGAUAAGGCGAAGAAGGACGCGGAAGAGAAGGCCAAGAAGGAGGCGGCUGAGAAGGCGAAGAAGGAAGCGGAAGAGAAGGCCAAGAAGGAGGCGGCUGAAAAGGCCAAGAAGGAAGCGGAGGAAAAGGCCAAGAAGGAUGCGGCUGAAAAGGCCAAGAAGGAGGCGGAAGAGAAGGCCAAGAAGGAGGCGGCUGAAAAGGCCAAGAGGGAAGCGGAAGAGAAGGCUAAGAAGGAGGCGGCUGAAAAGGCAAAGAAGGAAGCGGAGGAGAAGGCCAAGAAGGAGGCGGCUGAAAAGGCGAAGAAGGAGGCAGAAGAGAAGGCCAAGAAGGAGGCGGCUGAAAAGGCGAAGAAGGAAGCGGAAGAGAAGGCUAAGAAGGAGGCGGCUGAAAAGGCCAAGAAGGAGGCCGAAGAGAAGGCAAAGAAGGAGGCGGCUGAAAAGGCCAAGAAGGAAGCGGAGGAGAAGGCCAAGAAGGAGGCGGCUGAAAAGGCGAAGAAGGAAGCGGAAGAAAAGGCAAAGAAGGAGGCGGCUGAAAAGGCAAAGAAGGAGGCCGAGGAGAAGGCAAAGAAGGAGGCGGCUGAAAAGGCAAAGAAGGAGGCAGAAGAGAAGGCCAAGAAGGAGGCGGCUGAAAAGGCGAAAAAAGAAGCAGAGGAGAAGGCAAAGAAGGAGGCUGCAGAAAAGGCCAAGAAGGAGGCGGAAGAAAAGGCAAAGAAGGAAGCGGACGAAAAGGCCAAGAAGGAGGCGGCCGAAAAGGCGAAACAGGAGGCGGCUGAAAAGGCGAAAAAGCAAGCGGAAGAGGAAGCAAAGCGGAAAACGAACGGCGAAGCCGCGAAACAGGCCAACGGAUCGGCAGCGGCUGCCGCCCCAGCGCAGGAAAAACCGGCCACCUCGAAGCAGGACGCCAAAAACAAUAAAAAGAACAACAAACGCACCCCCAAAAACAGUGUGUCGGAGGAUGACAAGAGCACAGCCAAAGCGACCGGUCCAAAAAACGGACCGGGCGGCGAUUUUGCCUCCUCUGCUGAACCCGCCACGGUAGCAAAAUCGCAGGAAAGCCACUCAGCACCAGUCCCCGUCCCGCCGAAGACCGCCGAAGCUGCUCCUGCCUCCCCGAAACCCUCCCCGAAAGCCAACGCCGGCAAUAAACAGGCCGCAGCCGCCGCCCCAGUGAACGGCAAGCAACAGACACCACCGACCAAGACGCCCGAAAAGACGCCCGCCCAGCCAAAGACGGCCGCCCGAUCGUCACCGCCAAAGACCACGGCCAAGGCACCGUCUCCACCGAAAACGGCACCGGCGGCCGCUGCCCGUGCCGCACCCGCCAAACCCAGCACACCACCCGCGUCAAAGAAACCGGAACCGCCGCCCAAGCCCGAAUUUCUCAAGAAGAAGUCACCCUCGGUCGAGAAGGAAAAGGUCGUGAAGGCGGCAGCACCGCAACAGGUCUCUCAGCCCCCUGCAGCGACAGCCACCCCGCCCAGCUCAGCAACACCUGCCACACCUGCCCCUGCCACCACCGUUCCAGCAACUCCUGCCUCAGCACCUGCACCUCAGGCGGCUGCGGCAGCACCUCCCGCCCAGGAAGGUACCGCCGUGUCGGCCCGCCUCACCGAGGAAGCCCUGAACGGGGCGAAGAAACCUGCCACUGCCGGCACUGCCAACAAGCCGAAACCGGCGCAGAAGAAGCCGGACGUGCCGCCGAAGCCGGACGUGCACAGCAAGAGCGCGGCCAAGAUGAAGACCCCGAUCAAGCAGCCGGGCGGCAAGGCCGCCAGCUCCACGGUCGGCGGCGGCAGCGGAGCUAAGUAGAACGGAAGCAUUUAAGAAAAACAUGGACAUUAUAUCGACCAUCGCGGACGUGCUGCUGUCCUGCUCGCGCUCGAA